AGUCUAGUUAAAACAUAGAUGCAGAAAGAACGUUUUCGGGAAUUAACAACAAUCGAAAACAUUAAAGAUCGCAACAUUUCCAAGAAGCUGUCGAAUAAGGGGAUUCAACCUCUGCUUACCGAGUGCAUGCAAGGAGGUUAACAAAACCAUGCUAAAUUUCUUGACUGCGACCAGAAAGGAUAAGAAGCCAAUCAUUGUUUUCAUAUAACCAAAGAUGGAAGAACCUACUCCUUCAGUUGGAGAUGCACAUAUUGUUUUUCAGUGUGCAAAGUGCAAUGUGAUUAUUGGAGACUCUACAUCAUGGGCAUUUGCCAAUAAGAGCCUCAGUGGAGUGGUUCUUCAUGCCACAACUCAAAAUGUAACUGAAACACAGAUGGUACGGACUUCGGAUGAGGAUGUUGAUUUUGGCAGUACUUAUACCCUGCUACAGUGCAAUAACUGCAAAACAACUAUUGGCCGAGUAUACAAAACGACGCCAAAGAAGUUGGAUGAGGUUCGUGACCUUUUUAUGUUUAGUGUCCCAAUGAUUUCAAGUUACCAUCUUGGAUCUUUUGAACAGAAAACAAACACUAAUGCAGAGAACCUCCUGGAUAUUCCCACGGCCAGAUAUCUCAACAGCCAGUUGUGGAAAAUACAGAGUCUGAUAGUGACAAUGAAUAACAGGCUUACUGCCCUAGAGAACUGUGUUGAGGUUGAAUCAAAUGACGAAUUGAAUGGUGACGUUCCCGUCUGAGCAACUUGGAUUUGAAUUCAAUGCCUAAAGGCUAACUCAGGUCGCCCUUACGACCUAGUCGCCGACAAAAUUGGAAGAUCGUACAUCAAAAACCGGCCA